CUUCACACGUGUCCAACGCGCUUCUCGUGAGGGAAACGCUACUUCGAUCCUCGUCCUUCUGUAUCUCCCAAAUCAAGAACUCCAUCGAUCGGAGUCUCUCUCGUUUCUUGCCUUACAUCGAUACAAGAAUCGUCGAAUUAAAUUCUCUAUCGAAUCCAUUUCCUUAUGUUCUUUGAUUGUUAAUCAACUCGGAAAAACGCGCGUAUAGUUUUGAUUUGUUCAUUUUCUUUUUGAAACGUUAGUUUAAAACCCUAGCCUCGUUGUUUUGGUUCGUCUUGGAAGAUGUCUUUUGAUCUGAUGUUGAAGUCGUCAUGUAGCGGAUGCGGGUCGACCGUCGAUCUGUACGGAAGCAACUGCAAGCACAUGACCUUGUGCGUGACGUGUGGCAAAACCAUGGCAGAGAACCAAGGCAAAUGCUUCGAAUGUGGCGCCAUUGUUACCCGCUUGAUUCGUGAAUACAACGUUAGACCAAGUCCUAGCACCGACAAGAACUUCUUUAUUGGUCGGUUUAUGAGUGGGUUGCCCAGUUUUUCAAAGAAGAAAAACGCUGAGAAUAAAUGGUCUCUGCAAAAAGAAGGACUGCAAGGACGCCAACUUACUGAUCCUUUGCGGGAAAAAUAUAAGAACAAACCUUGGAUGUUGGAGGACGAAACAGGCCAGGCUCAGUAUCAGGGCCAUCUGGAAGGUUCACAGUCAGCAACUUAUUACUUGCUUAUGAUGCAAGGAAAGGAAUUUGUAGCUAUUCCGGCUGGUUCUUGGUACAAUUUCAACAAGGUUGCACAAUAUAAACAACUUACAUUGGAAGAAGCAGAAGAAAAAAUGAAGAACAGGAGGAAGACUGCAGAUGGAUAUGAGAGAUGGAUGAUGAAAGCUGCAAACAAUGGAGCUGCUGCAUUUGGCGAAGUGGAGAAGUUUGAUGACAAGGAUAACAGUGUGGCUGGUGGUAAGGGGCGUAAAAAACCAACUGGUGAUGAUGAUGAAGGUCAUGUAUCAGAUAGAGGAGAGGAAGAUGAAGAAGAGGAGGCAGCUAGAAAGAAUAGGCUUGGACUCGACAAAAAAGGUGGUGAUGAUGAUGAAGAAGGUCCAAGGGGAGGUGAUCUUGAUAUGGAUGAUGAUGAUAUUGAGAAGGGUGAUGAUUGGGAGCAUGAAGAAAUAUUCACUGAUGAUGAUGAAGCUGUUGGUAAUGAACCUGAGGAAAGGGAUCUGGCCCCAGAAGUUCCUGCUCCUCCGGAAAUUAAGGAGGACGAAGAUGAGGAGGAUGAAGAGCAGGAAGGAGGACUGAGUAAGUCUGGAAAAGAGUUGAAGAAGUUACUAGGGAAAGCUGGUGGGCUUAAUGAUUCAGAUGCAGAUGAUGAUGAUGACGAUGACGAUGACGAUGAUAUGAGCUUUAAUCCUGCUCCAGCCUCUAAACAGAAGGAUGCACCUAAAGAAGAACCUGCUGAUAACAGUCCAAUGAAACCAGCAUCUUCAGCUUCUGCUCGGGGAACUUCAACUGCAUCUAAGUCAGCAAAGGGAAAGAGAAAAGCAAAUGGUGAUGAUACAAAAGCAUCUAAUGGUACCCCUCUGAAGAAGGUUAAAUCAGAAACUGAUUCAAAAUCUUCUGUGAAAGAGGAAAGCGCAUCUGCUUCCAAAGGCAGUGUGCCUCCCAAAGGCACACCAUCAUCUGCAAAAGCUGGAUCAACAUCAUCGGCUGUUACAUCAUCAUCUGCAAAAGCAGGAUCAGCAUCAACUGCUGGACCUGUAACUGAAGAAGAAAUUAGGGCCGUUUUAUUGCAAAAGGCACCUGUAACGACCUCAGAUCUUGUUGCUAAAUUUAAAGCUAGGCUAAAAUCUCCGGAGGACAAGAAGGCUUUCGCAGAUAUUCUUAGGCGAAUUUCUAAGAUACAAAAGACGAAUGGACCUAAUAACUACGUCGUCUUGAGAGAUAAGUAAUGGUUGGAUCUCCAUGUUUUAACCUUGUGCCAUAAUCAAUUCCUUAUGCUCUGUUCUCAAGAGAGAGGGGAAAGAAAUGGUGGGGCUGGCAUUUUCUGGAAAUUGAUUUGGCCAGGGAUGAUCCCUGUUUCAGCAAAAAGGCUAGAAAGAAGGGUUGGUAAGGGGAGAUUUGGUCUAUCCUUUUAAGCAAGCAGGCUUUCUGUUUUCUUGUGAAUUUUUAGACGGGUACCUGAACAUUGUAUACCAACAUGUAUUUUCCAGAAUUUACAGUUUCACAUUUUGCCA